AACAGGGAGAUUUUUAGGAAUAAUUCCGUUGCAGAGUCUUAAUAAAUAACACAAAUUAAGGAAUAUGUACCCAUCACAAAUGACGACAUGCAUACAUCUUUAGUUACUUAAUAAUAAUUAUGUCACAUUGAUACACUUAAUGCUUGUACAACAACUUCACAUCGUGCAUUUGGGCUAAAUUCCUUGUAAAUUAUAAUGUAAUACAAUUGCGACAUGUGUGGGGCUUAUCUUAUGCAGAUUACGUUAUCAAAAAUGCCAUACUACAUGGCUUCUGUUUAAGCACUUUUUGACUGUCGAGGCAUUUAAGUAAGUUGUCGAUUUACCUCAACCUGGUCAAUUAAACAAAAAUGUUACUACGCUUCUUAUUCCUGGCGUCACUUGUUCACACCGUUUUUGGACACCUUUCCCCCAUAGCGGCUCGACUUCCUUUGGUGGGCACCCCUUCACCGCCCGGAUCGCCAUGGCCAAGGCCUGAAAGCUUAGUGAAUGACACAAAAUUUGCCACCAUUUCCGGCCGAGAUUUCACUUUCUACUCAAACGUAGAAUGUCCCCUCCUUUCAACCGCUUUCGCCCGGUAUGACGCCAAGUUUCUCUUCCGCAACGUGGAGGUCACUCCUUCCAGCAGCACCCCACUCUUGUCCCGAGUUUUGGUCAACAUCCCGGAAAAUGCGGCUCAGAAUUUGUGCAACGACUAUCCCAAGUUGUACACAGAAGAGGACAGAAACUACGAGAGAUAUACGAUUGACAUAUCUCUGGUGAGUGACAAUCAGGUUUCUGCCGUCAUCACGGGUUGGACCGUGUGGGGUGCACUUUACGGAAUGGAGACUUUUUCUCAACUGAUCUGGAAGGAUGAGACAGCGUCCCACUUUUACGUAAAUUUGACCCAAAUCUCGGACGCUCCAAGAUUCCCGCAUCGGGGUCUGAUGUUGGACACGGCGAGGCAUUACGUAGAUCUUCCAAUUAUUCAGACAGUUUUGGAUGGAAUGGCGAUGAACAAAUUAAACGUGUUCCAUUGGCAUUUGGUAGAUGAUCAGAGCUUUCCCUUUGUGAGCGGCAGGUAUCCUGACUUGGCCAAAAAGGGAGCCUAUCCAGGACUGACCUAUGAGCCUGAAGAAGUCCAAGCAAUCAUGGAUUACGCGAGAGAUCGAGGGAUUCGUGUAAUUCUCGAGUUUGACACGCCAGGUCAUACGCUUGGGUUUGGGAAAACAUUUCCGAAUAUUCUUACUCCAUGUUACGACGAGAAUGGGGAGAACCCAGGCACCGCAAUCCCAGGAAAGCACGCCGCGUAUGAAAUUUUAGAUCCAACCAAUGAAGACACAUUCGAAGUGAUGCGAGAAUUUUUCACGGAGAUAAGAAAUGUCACGAGAGACGAGUAUGUUCAUUUGGGGAUGGAUGAGGUCUACCCUGCAUGCUGGAAUUCCUCUCCCGUAGUUCGAAAAUUUAUGAAAGAACAGGUUCCACCAAUGCUCAAAAUCCACGACUUGGAAGAAUACUAUGUUACUCGACAUCUCGAAAUGAUCAAGCAACUAGGACUCAAGUCCAUCAUUUGGCAUGAUCCGAUCGACUAUGGAGUUGAUGUUUCCAAAGAUGUCAUCAUCCAAGUCUGGAAGGGAGGCGAUGCAGCUACCCCAGAUUCUUGGGUCCCUUAUUGGAGGAAAGCCUUAGAACUGAAUUACACUUCGAUCCUCUCAUCCUGCUGGUAUCUGAACUACAUUUCAUACGGAGGAGCUAGCAGUUCCGAGUUUCGCAAGUAUUACGAGUGCGACCCCAUCAAGAAACUACCAAGGAUAACUGAGGAGCAAAGGAAGCUCGUGUUGGGUGGGGAAGCUGCCUGUUGGGGUGAAUAUGUGGACUCGACCAAUCUUCUCACGAGAAUAUUUCCUUUGGUCGGGACCAUGGCGGAGCGGCUCUGGUCCAAGGAAUUCGAAAUUGAUACCAAAAUUACGGAUGACGCGUGGCACAGGCUGGACCAACAUCGGUGUCGUAUGUUGUGGAGAGGAAUAACAGCUCAACCCCUCUUCAACGGGUAUUGUUUUCCCGAGGAGAAAACCGGGCUAAGAAAACCUCAGGUGGAUAACAGCGGUGCGAUGGGGAAUAAUAUGGGAAUUGUUACUUUCUUUGGAACCAUGUGGUUACUAUUUUGUACCAGAUUUGCAAAUAAUUAAAAGACCACUUAUGUUUUGGCUAGAUAGAGCAUUUAUAAAACAUUAGUAAAAUUUACAAGAGAAUUAUAACCAUUAUAUAAUUAUCACAGUAGUAUUUUAAUUAUAAUAAAUAAAACAUUAUCCCAG